AUGGCCUCUGCUGCUUCACGGCCAACAGUCGCUUCGUUCGCGAAGCUCCUGGUCGGCGCUCUCACACUGAGCUCUCUCGCCUCAGCAACACCAUUUCCCAGAGAUGACCUUCACGAUGCAGGCUACUCAUAUUUGAAGCACGCAGCUUGCGCAGCCUACUGUGGCUCCGACAACCAGUUUUGCUGCGCUGCCAACGAAGCAUGCACUACUCUGCCCGGCAACGUCGCCACCUGCACUGCUGUAGGCGGCUACUAUGCCCAGCGUACGACUACCUGGACCGAGACGAAGACAUAUACUAGUACGAUUGCCACUUUUUGGGCCGUGCCGCCAGCACCUACACAAGGUGUAGACUGCGUCCCACAAAGCCCAGAGCAGCAGCCCUGCGGCGCUAUUUGCUGUGCUGGAUGGCAGACCUGCGCUUACAAGGGCCAAUGUGUUGCGAAGCCAGGCAUGGAUGGCGGCCAGACUAUUGUUGUCACGACCAACGGAGUUGUUACUACCCAAUACUCUGCUCCAUACCGAGUCACAGGUACCACCACCGUUGUCGGAACCGGCUCAAGGUCGACCGCCGGCGUUACUCACACCACCACCAGCUCGGCAGCUCAAGAGACCGGGAGUAGAGAUCCCGACUCUGGCAACCCAUCCAACGGUGGCACAGCCAAUAACAAACUCAGUGGUGGCGCUAUCGCUGGUAUCGUUAUUGGUGUUCUCGCCGGUGUCAGUUUGCUAGGUCUUCUGUGCUUCUGCUGCAUCGUCCGCGGCAUCUUCCACGCCAUCUUCGGCAAGAAGAAGGAGAAGCGGGUGAUUGAAGAGGACUACUACUCAGCAGGCGGAAGCUCCUACUCACGCCGCUCACGCCACUCUGGCUGGUUCGGCGGCCGACCAUCCUCUGCUGGUGACCGCCGCGAGAAGAAGUCUGACGGCAAGAAAUGGCUCGGAUUGGCUGGUGGUGCAGCUACGCUGCUCGCAUUGCUCAACAUGAAGAAGGACAAGAAGCCAGCACGCAGAGCCCCCUCGUCGCGCUACACGGAUUCUUACUACACCUACUCUGAUGCCACGACCCUGAGCUCCAGCUCUGGAGCCAGAACAUCUCGCACGCGCCGUACAAGGGACAGCCGAAGCCGUGACUCGCGAUCAUACUACACCAGGAGCUCACGCCGGCCCUAG